AUGAAGGGUGACAAGGACCUCAAGACCCCCAAUUACGUGGACCAAUCGCACCACCAGCACCAGCCUUGGAUGAACCAAAUGAUCAUGGAUCCCAAUACCGCGGAUUAUAUUUACAACUUGGAUCUUUCUCAGCCAUCAGGACCAGCACCACCGUCGUCGUCUAACAACAAUCCAGCUGCAAUUCCGGCUCCGCAACCACCACAGCAAGAUAACCACACUGCACUACAAGCUCCCCCACGACAUCCAGUUAAGAAUGCUCUUCCAGACCUACAGCCGCAGCUUGUUCUACCCCAACAUCAGCAACAGCAGCACCAGCACCAGCACCAGCAACACCUCAAUCACCAAAACCACCUCAACCAACAACAGCAACAACAGCAGCAGCAUUUUCAAAUGCAAACAACUUCCAAGACGAAACACCGGCCGUGCGACCAAUGCCGACGAAGAAAGACCAAAUGCGUAAUUGUGCCUCAAACGGCCAAUUGCGUGCAAUGCGAGGCAAAGCAAAUUGCAUGUACAUUCACUUCGGAAGCCUUGAAAAGAAGACCAAUUGAGAUGACGGGGGAGUCAAAGCGGAUGCGAUCUGAAAUACCAAAUGUGCCGAUUAGAGACGUGGCACCGGUACAAGAAUACUCAACCAUCAACAACUCCCUUUUAAAGAAAACCUUGUCACUACAGUUCCCGCGAUCUUCAUUUUACGUCGGUCCUACGAAUCAUUUAUACGACAUUAACUUGCUCAAUUCCAUUAUCGACGCUCACAAGAAGUCAGAUGAAAGCGUCGAGCAAGUUUCACUUAGCAAUUCCAUAUCCCUUCGCAAAGUAAGCGACAAUGUUCAAUUCGUCUUGAAAGACGACCAAUCGCCACAGAGCUACGCAACCAUGUCGAAUGACGUCGAUACCAUUGAAAAAUUAAUCACGCCGCACGGCCAAACUCUUAUUGACCUUUAUUUUCGUAUAAUCCAUCCAUCGUACCCAAUUGUGCAUAAAAAAGUCUUUCUCGAAAAAUACUCACGAACCCACCGAGAGUUUAGCGCUCCUUUGCUAGCGGCCGUCUACGUGCUAGCUAUCCAGUGGUGGGACUAUGACCCGCAGCUAAACAGGUUUCCAAAGCCCAACGUGGAGCUAAUUCUCAAAAUCGGCCUCAACAACUACCUCCAGGAAAUCUUGAAACGGCCGAAACUAAGUGCUGUUCAAGCUGGUCUUUUGCUACUACAAUGCAAGCACAUCAUCAGCUGCAGGACCGGCAUUGACCAAGUGCAAAAUAGCGGCGAUGCAGACUAUUCCGAAUGGGUUCUCUGCUCGCAGAUUGUCUCAUUAGCGGAAGAGUUGGGGUUGGGAUUAAACUGCAACAAUUGGAAGUUGCCCAAAUGGGAAAGAGGCUUGAGAAAGCGACUAGCCUGGGCCGUCUAUACCGAGGACAAAUGGUUGUCCUUGAAAGAUUCGAGGCCAUCGCACAUUAGCAGCAACAACUGGGUAGUCUUGCCCUUGUACGAAGAGGAUUUCCCUGAAAAGCACGGCGAUGGCGAUUUAAAAGAAGGUUCGUCGGAUAUAGACAAUGGUAAAAAAAUAUUCAUCAGCUUGAUUGAGUUGUCGAUGAUUUUAUCGGACAUUCUAGACCAGUUUUACUCGAUGCGAUCAAUGAUGGAGAUCACCAACAUCAACGAUGUUUUGAAAGUAGCAAAGCCGUUGCAAUUGAAAUUGCGAAACUGGUUCCAUUCGCUACCGGUUGAGUUGCAAAUGACCUCGGUGCAGUCGCGCAAGUUGUGCUCCAAUGGCUAUUUGCAACUAGCCUAUUUCGCAACCGAGUUGACGUUGCACAGGAAAAUAGCCACGGUGAUCCACCAACAUACAAAAGAGGGCAAUCCUCCGAGCCCCGAGCUAGUCAAUGUGUGCCGAUCAGCGGCAAAGACUAGACUACUCGCUUCGAUAGAGUUUGUUCGAGACUUGAAACCGGAGCACAUCCACUCCUUUUGGCAUUCGUGCUCCUCGUCGAAUUUCACAUUGAUUGGCACAUUUGCCGCAAUCUUGUACAUGUCGUCAGCCACUAAAGAAGAAAGCAAUUUCUAUAGAGACCAAAUUUUCAACUACAGAUGGAUUUUGAAGAUAUCCUCCAAGGGCUUUGACCAGGUGGGAGAAGCAUUGACUCAGUUGGAUAUAGUCUUGUCAAACGUGCCGGGUUUACUUCAUGACAACAUUGAGUUGCCGUUGGGGUUGCCCAAUGUGCAAGAUUCGCAAAGCCCGCAACAUACCACGACGACCCCAGCGUCGUUCCUGUACGGCGAAGAGUCGCUGCAAUCAAAUGAAUAUCGAUCUGCACCAACAACGGCACCCGAGUUUGGUCCCAAACGUUUUUCCGACUCUAGCCAAGUAGGGUCACAACCACCAUUACAACAACAACAACAACAACAACAACAAAGACAUUUUGAAUCUAAUCAGGCUGGACCAACACCACAUCACAAUGGCAGCAUUUCAGCGCAACAACGCCUUCGCAUGCAAAACAGCGCUCAUGACUCUACUUUCCAUUCGCCUCAGGCACUAAACACGCCCCCCAUGCCCGUGCCCGUGCCCGUGCCCGCUGUGUCUCCACAAAAUAACAGAUCCUUCAAUUCACCACACUCAUCACAUGGCAUAUCCCCGAAAGAAUAG